AUGAAAGCCAACAACAGGAAACUGCUAGUAAAACCAUUAACAAACCAAGUAAAAGAAAGAAAGUAUACAGUGUGUAGAGUGAUUUACCAAAAUUUAUCAGUCCAAAAAUUCCAGUCACAAUAUCCACUUAUUCCCCACCUUACAGAAGUAUGGGAUGAGCUUAACGGUGUUGAAGGCAUCAACUUGACAGUUGAUAAAGACAGUUUAACUCUUCACAACCAAGUAGUUUCAUCCGCUUGUGAAUCUAUAGCUACUUUUUAUAACAACUAUUAUAUAGAGAGCUUCGAAAAAUAUCAUUGCAAACUAUUUAUAUACAUGAUCUGUCAAGCAUUUCAUCAAGAAAAAAUUCAUACGUUUUUAAACCCAUUGACAUUGGAGAUGAAGAAUUGUAUACCAGCAUUUCCUGCGAUAAAUGCAACUCUAAGUAAUGCUCCAUUCAGCAUUAUGCCAGUAUUUAAGCACAUUCUGGAGAAAUAUGAAUCCCUGCUUGUGGAAGCUACACUACCUGUUCCUGUCUCCCAAAUUCAAAUCAUCCCGCAAGAAUAAUCAGACAAGACUGAUCAAGUGAAUAAAAGACCCAAGAAAAAAGAAGAAAGUAAGAAAAAAACAACAAC